CGGCGGCAGCCACUUGAAGCGCACUGCAGCGGUAUAAACAGCAAGUGUACGACGAGUGGCGUGGCGCGCGCUAGAACGUCCCCCAACUCGCUCUCGCGGGCCACUAUCAUAACGGCAACUGUGGCAGCAGCGGCUGAAUUGCCACCAGUCCCCUCCGCCUCCGCCCCCUCAUCAGGGGGCCGCGAAGACAAGACGCGAAGACGAAGAGAAGCCCUAGGGCCGCUGCCGGGCAUGCGCGACGCCCCAGAAAUAUGGCGGAGGUGGCAGCGUGACUGUUGGUGGCGGCUGCGGCACCGCGCAGCUGACAGACGGGCGAGUUGGGUGCACGGCGUGCCGCGAGGCCGGGACUUCCUCGUGUUCGAAUAUUUUAAGUGGGACAACUACUUGAAAGAAACUGGGUCUGUAGCUGCUCCUUCACAGUGUUUCAGACAGUCUAAGAUUCCCCCUAGCAAUGAUUUCAAAGUGGGUAUGAAGUUGGAAGCUCAUGACCCCCGGAAUGUUACCUCUGUGUGUAUAGCUACAGUUAUUGGAAUCUCAGGUACUAGAUUAAGGCUGCGUCUUGAUGGAAGUGAUAACAAAAAUGAUUUCUGGAGGCUAGUGGAUUCCUCUGAUAUACAGCAAAUUGGAACGUGUGAAAAGAAAGGAGGAAUGCUUCAGCCUCCUUUGGGGUUCCAGAUGAAUGCAUCCUCUUGGCCAAUGUUCCUCCUAAGAACCCUAAAUGGAGCUGAAAUGGCACCUGCUAUAUUUUUUAAGAAGGAACCUCCAAAGCCUUCUCAAAACUUUUUAAAAGUUGGAAUGAAGCUAGAAGCAAUAGACAGAAAAAAUCCUUAUUUAAUAUGUCCUGCAACCAUUGGGGAUGUCAGAGGAGAUGAAGUUUUUAUAACCUUUGAUGGUUGGCGUGGAGCAUUUGAUUAUUGGUGUAAAUAUGAUUCUCGAGAUAUUUUUCCAGUUGGAUGGUGUGAUUUAACAGGGGAUGCACUACAACCACCAGGAAAUAGUGUUUCUAGCACAAAGAAUAAUACCAAAGCACAGACCUCUCCUUCCAAAGGAACUCGGAGCUCAAUGCAGUCUCCACCAAAAUCAGCUUCACCUGUUCCAACUGCCAAAGGCAGGAAACUCGGUCGGGCAAAACCACUGGCUCCAUCCGCUGUCCUUAGGAAAGUCCAGCCUCCUAAAAAUAUUCCGGUGGUUAAAAACAUUUCUCACAAAGAAAACCUCAAAAAAAGGAAAAGGGACUUAAAACCAGAAAGAAAAAAAAAAAACAUAGCAAUGCAACCUCCCUCUUUUUCUCCUAUUUCUGCAAAAAUCGACAAUGGCAAUCCUCCGAUAUACAAAGAGACACCUGAUAUCACUGGUACAUCAGCAGCUGUUAUUUCAACAGUUUGUGUCUAUGUUAACAAGCAUGGAAAUUCCGGGCCUCAUCUUGAUAAAAAGAAAAUUCAGCAACUUCUUGAUCACUUUGGACCAGGUCCUGUGAAUAUAGUACUUCAGCAGGCUGUCCAAGCUUGUGUAGAUUGUGCCUAUCAAUCAAAAAUUGUCUUUGGAUUCCUCAAGGCUGGGCAUCAUGCAGGAGAGAUUAUUACUGCUUCUUUUGAUGGGGAGAAACAUACCAUCAAUCUUCCUUCUGUGAAUAGUGCAUCUUUUGUUCUGCGCUUCUUGGAGAAACUCUGCCACAGCCUACAGUGUGAUAAUCUUUUCAGUAGCCAGCCCUUUAGUCCUUACAUGAGAAAUGCACAUAGUCCCAUUGAACAUGAUACAAACAAGCCAGCAGAAACCCUGCCAAAUGAAGAAACAUCCAAAGAGCACAGGUUUGCUGAGAAUUCAAUGGAUUCUGCACUUAAUUCAGUCACCCUGUCAAGUCCUAACAAUCAGAAUUCCACUGAAUAUUAUACCUCAGGGAACACAGCCUAUUUUAGGCAUUCUCUUCCUUCAGUAUCUGCUACCUCAAACACAGAACCAAAUCUACAUAAAUUAUCAAGUGCUACCGGGAACAGAAGUUUUUGUGAAGUUGCCAGAAAGAGAUUGCAACAGAGGAUUGAAGCUGCAAGUUCUACCACAGGACCUGAUCUCAGUGCACUAAAACAGGAAUCUUCCCAUCUCUUCAGCAAAGACCCUUCGACAUGGUCAAUUGAUGAAGUAAUGCGAUUUGUACAAGAAGCAGAUCCUCAGGCAUUAGCACCCCAUGCCGAACUCUUCAGGAAACAUGAAAUUGAUGGGAAGGCUCUUCUGUUAUUGAGGAGUGAUAUGAUAAUGAAGUAUAUGGGUUUGAAACUGGGCCCAGCAUUAAAACUGUGUUAUCAUAUAGAAAGACUUAAGAAAAGAAAGUUCUAGGCAGCAAAUGCAGUGAUAGUGCUGCAUUUUAAAUAGACAACCAGUCAGCUUCAAAAAGACAACUAUAUAUAAUAGGGCAGAAACUUUGCCUGAUCGAAUGGAUCAAAUAAUCUCACUCAGCUCACAAAUUUCCAGCAUGUUGGUUCUACUAAUCUAAUCAGAAAGAAAUAUCCUAAAUCAGCAUUGUUUUAUAGAUACUUCUUAAAUAUAGAAUUUAAUGUUAAAAGUUUCACAUUAUUGUAUUUAAUAACUUUUUAAAAUAUGCAGGGAAGAAGUAGUGCUAAGAGUAUUUAUAUGAAAAACUGAAAAAUACAUUCUCACUUCUUCAGCUUCAGUUGAUGCAUUUUCAUUCAGAACCAAAACAGCUGAAUUCCAAAGGAUCUUUAUUUUUUAUUUUUUAAAAAUCAAAUGUGGAAUUUUUUUGCAAAAUGGCUGAAUUUCUAUGCUGGGAUGAGUGAAGUAUUAUUUUUAAUUAAUUAAUUCUUUUAUUAUUAUAAUCACAUACAUAUAUUAUGUGAAGCAUAUUUCCAUAAAAACAAUAGCCAUAUACUUGUAAGUAUAUGUUGUGUGCAAAAAAAGCUAUCUUUUUACAAUUUUAAAUUAUGAAAAUGCAUUUUUACAGCAUGUUGACAAUUUAAGGAGAAAAUAAUUUCUUUUUUAAGAAGGAACUUCUUAUGGCUGAUAUGAGCAUCCAGCUCCCAAGUGAGCAAUAACUUUCACUUUGCUCACGACUAUAUAAGAAACAUUGUACUAAAAUUCCAUCUAAUAUAAAGAUAUAUUGUACAUAGUGUUCAAGUUUUUUUAAGAGUGCGUUUUAAAAGUAUUUUUGCACUGUGACAGAUGAUAAACUGCAGGUUUUUGUUUGUUUUGAAUCAUAAACAAAAUCUGCAUUAUACAUUUUCUCCCUAGUUUAUAGGUGUUAAUAUAUCAUAAAGCUGUGUCCUAAGACCAGUCACAUUUGUUCCAAUAAAACAUGGGGUCACAUAAUGUUGAGAUUCCCUAAUGAGGACCUGGUGAAGUGUGGAAAAUAACUGCCUAAACAGAUUUCCUUUUGCAUUCUAAAAUAUGAUUUUAUGUCAGCAGGAAGGAACACAAUGAAACACACCAUCUUGUGUAGGAUCCAGAAGGAUUUCAGCCUGUGUAAAGUUUCUAAUUAAUUGCAAAACUUUACCUUCAGUCACUUUCCACUGCAUGUGAAUGGCCUUUGCUGGAUGAAUAUAUCCUCAUACUGUUCAUUAAUGCCUGUCUGGUUUGUUUCUCAUUUUAUAGUGGGGGAUGGAGAGAAGGGGAAGGGAGGAGAAGAAAUAAUUAAUGGACAGAUACAUACAGGGCAACUUCUGGCACUAUGGAAUAUUUGGCACUAUGAAUUCUUAUGUGGCGCUGUGCCAUUUUAUUCUGGGAAAAUAUAUGGAAAAGAAUAGGAUGCCUCUCUAAUGUCUUUCAGAUAUAAAAAAAGUUAGUGACUUCUUUUAAGAAAGGAAUUGAAUUACACUUGGAUGUAUAAUUCAUCUGAAUCUUGGUGCUUUAUCUGCAACUUACAAAAAGUUUUGAUAAUAAAAUACUUUGCUGUCACUGCCAAUAUAAUAUGAGGGACAAUUUAUGUACUUUUGCUGAAUAGAGGAUCAGACAUUCUAUUUGUCCAAGUGUUGCUAGAUAAGAUAUAGAAAGGAAUGUAGUUUUUAUAUUUUUUACUGACUUUUUAUAUGAAAAAUAGUUAAAAUACACAUUUGUUGUUUAAAAAUGCCUUGUUUAUUAUAUUAGUGUAUUAAUAAUACACUGAUUACUCAGGUUUACCUAAAAAUGGCAAAAUUGCAAAUCUUUUUUGAAGCGAUGCAUUUCUUUAAAUUACUGAAGCUGAAUUUAAAUGAGAUCACUUUGGUGAUAUCCUAUUUUCUGAUGAACUUCUGGCAUUCAUAUUAUACUUUACUUCUCAUAAGACUGUACAACAUCUCCAAUAUAUAACUUUCUUUAACCAUUACAGUUAUUUAUAUAUGCUCAGGUAUGUGAUAUCUUUUAUAUCUUUUGAUGCCUAUUUCUCUCAGUCAAAGUUACAUAAACACACCUAUUUAUCUCAUUGUGAAAUGUGAUAGCUUGUAUUUGGCACAUAAUUGUGUUUGUAAUUUUUAAAGGUGACAUAUAUUACGCCAAUGAACUUCCACUGGUACCAUUGGAAUUUUUCUUGUUCUUCAUCUUGCAUCUAUAUGCUUCAUAAAUUUGUUCUAGAGAUUGCAGCAGAUUUGAAGGGUGUGUUGGCAAUGGGAGAAAAGUCAAAUUUGAUACUAAAUAAGACAUUUAGUAUAACUUAUUUCAGACACUGUUAAAGGAUAUUUCAAAAUUGUAUUCAAAUACCAAACAAUCUUACAAAAAUCUAGUUGUUUUCUGGAUUGCAGAUAAAAUGUCACAAAUGUUAUUCAAGUAAUUUUAUAUGUUAAAAGUGGUUAUAAAACAACACAAUAUUUUAGACCAUGAGGUUUCUCUUAUUCAUUUUGCUAAUAUGUCUUUGAAUAGUGCAAAUAAUGUAUACUACAUCAUGUAUACAAACUUACUUAUGAAACAAGAAUGCUACUGAAAUUUUAACUUUAUAUAUGACAUGAUACAAAUUAUGUUAGGUACAUUUUUCAUUAUUUUCAACUGGAUGUUCUCAUCUAAAGAAAAAUAAAAGUUGCUUGAUAUUUACUUGUCAAUUAUUUUUGUAAUGUAAUGUCUUAAAUCUGUAACUGACUAAUCUCAUUACCGUGUUUGGUAGCUACUAAUACAUCGAUUAAAAUAUACUUUAAUAUAAAA